CUAAAGCAAAAUCAACAACUACAAGUAUAUACUCCCUCAAAUUCUCCUCAUCAUCGAUGGCGUCCACGUCAACGCCAGCUGGCAGUGCGCCGCCACCUCCGCCGCCUCUGCCUAAGGAAUCUUUUCUCCGCCGUAACAAGUUUGUUUUGCCUAUGAUCUUAGCUGUCAAUUUGUCUGCUGGAGCUUAUCUUUUCAUGAGGACCAAAAAGAAUGAUGUAGGAGCUGAGGCAGGAGAAGUGUCAGAUUCAUCAACAUCUGCUGUUACUGCAGUUGCAGAAAAGCAAGCAACUGUUCCAGCUCCUGUGCAGCCUGCUGUUGUUCAUGAACCAAUACCAGAAAAACAACAACGGGAACUACUGAAGUGGAUAUUGGAAGAAAAGAGAAAACUUAAGCCAAAAGAUCCCGAGGAGAAAAGGCACAUUGAUGAGGAGAAAGCCCUUCUCAAGCAGUUUAUUCGAGCCAAGUCCAUUCCAAGUUUGUAAUGGAGACCCUUCACAGCUUUGAUUGAUACCAUUACCAGUAGUCUUGGAUUCACAAACUUAAUGUUUUGAGGUUGGAUUUCCCCUAUUUUCUUUUCACUGUAAAAAUGCACUGACGAAUCAAUUUACUUGGACAAUGAAUGUAUAUACGAUCUUUGUCUGAA